AUGCAGGAAAAUGAAAUUGAUAAACUAACUGAUGUAUGGCUUGCCUCAAUUGUUUUAUAUGUUGUGGGGGAUGCUCCUACUAUUGCCUCAGUUAAACGAUUUAUUGAUGCUACCUGGUCUAAUGUUGGAACCCCUAAUGUAUUUCUUCAUGAUGAAGGAUAUUUCUUAGUCCAGUUUGAUUCUAUUGCUGAUAGGGAUUUGGUUCUGAGUGGAGGUCCUUACACUUUCUUCAGUAAACCUGUUAUUGUUAAACCCUGGGCUGCCAACUUCAACUUCUAUGAGGAAGUCCUUCGAGUUAUUCCUCUUUGGGUUAAACUCCCUAACUUGCCAUUAAAUUGCUGGAGUAGUCAGUCUUUAAGCAGAAUAGGCAGUCUGUUAGGUGUUCCUAUUUGUGCUGAUGAUUGCACAACUAGACAGCAAAGGAUUUCCUUUGCCAGACUGUUGGUUGAAAUGGAUGUCACUGAUACUCUUCCUGAUCAUGUGUGGAUUGUGGACACCAAUGGUAGGGAGUUUAAGCAACUUGUUUUGUAUGACUGGAAACCUGCUUAUUGCCAUAAAUGCAAGAUGCCAGGUCAUAAUUGUGCUUUAGCUGUCAAAAGAAGAGUUGAACCUCAGCAGAAAGAUACCAGGGUCAAGAAAAUAUGGGUUCCAAAGAAGCAUCAGGGAUGGAAAGUUGCCACCAAGAAGUCUAGAAACAAAGGUGCACCUGUGUCAACUACCAAUCACUUUGGAGCUCUUGAUGAGGAAGAUACAGAGGAGGAGGAGGGCACUCACAUUGUGGAAAAUAUUGAGGAUGAUGAAGAUAUUCCUCCACCCCCUAAUAUUCAAUGA